GAGUGGAAACUUGAAUUUAAAGGCAGGCGGUAUAAGGCCAUCCAACUCAUUCCUGCAUUUCUCACUUCCUCAUCCACCAACCACUCGCAUCUUAUCUUUCUUCUCCUUCCACACAUUAGACAUGGUUGUUUACGAGUCUGUUACCGCUGAGGCCGACACUCACAUUGACCACUCCGGAGGCCUCUUGAAGAAGGGCUCUCUCCUCGUUGCCAUGAUUAACGCCUCUGAGUUCAACAAGAUCUUCAAGGCGCCUGAGCCAAACGCUGAGCGUGAGGCCAAAUUGCACAGCAUUACGGAGGAUCUCGAAGAUUUCCUGCCAACAAUUGACGCCAGUGGCAUUUUCGAAUACUUCCAACCCGAAGAAUGGUUUGGAAACGAGAACUACGGACGUGCUAUGAUGGCCGCCUGGUGGCUCAAGGCGCACCCAGAGGCCUUGACCCCUGACGUUCGCACCAACAUUGCCAAGCUGCUCAAGGUUGGCGGAGAGACUUUCCAGAAGGAAUUCCUUUUCGUUUAUCCUGAGGCACAAGACUUCUGAGGGAUGUAAUAUGCGACGAGUACUUAGAGCACCAUAAAUUAUACUUGUUGUGUGUUGUAAUCCUAGUUUUGAAUCGUUGAUCACUGCAUACCAUCGGUUUCAAGAG